AUGUAUCUUUUCUUUAUCAAGGGGCAAUGGUGGCUUAUUACAGCGGACUAUUACUCGCGAUUUCCUGAAAUCGCCCAACUCCGGAACCUAUCAUCGGCGACGGUGAUCGAACGCUGCAAAUCAGCUUUUGCUCGUCAUGGGAUCCCAGCUGAAGUGAUUACCGAUAACGGGCCUCAAUUCUCAGGGGCACAGGCUUCCGAAUUCCGAAGAGUCGCCCAGACCAACAGGUUCCGCCACAUCACCUCGAGCCCACGUUACUCACAGGCUAACGGGCUCGUGGAAGCGUCCGUUCAAAUAGUCAAGAACUCGAUUAAAAAGACCAAUGAUCCCUACGAGUCUCUUCUAGCAUAUCGCUCAUCUCCCUGGCCCAACGGGUACAGUCCAUCCGAACCGUUAAUGGGCCGCAGACUACGCACCACCGUACCCAUCUCGGAAAAGAACCUGUUGCCCAAGGCUCCCGAUUAUGACCAGCUGAAACAGCGGGAGGAGAAGUUGAGGUCCAACCUGGCAACUGCGUGCAACUCCCGUCAUGGUGAUCGACGACUCCCUCAGCUCGACGUCGGAGGCAGGGUGUGGAUCAUCGACCUCAAAUGCCGUGGAACCGUGGAGCGGAAGGCCAGCACGCCGCGAUCGCUCUGUGUGAAAACGAACGGGAAAGAAGUGCGCUGCACAAUAACUCAUCUAAUGAGGUACCACAACAGUGGAUGCUCCAGGGGACAGUCUGUGUCAUCCGAUGUGCCAGAGGACAGCCCUCAAGUGACUUCGUUGCCAGAGGCAGGACCUGUGAUACCAUCCACCCAAGAAGCUGCCGACAACUCAAUGCGAGAUCGUCCGAGUCCUCAUACCGCUCAGCAGAGCACUUCCGAAGAAACCGAGUGUUCUGAUGACUCUCACCAACAUACCAGGAGUGGCCGUUUUCAAAAACCACCUGAGAGACUCGUUUUGUGA